UUCCAGGAGCACAGUGUAUUAUAUUCUCUAAGCAGCCAUGCUGACUGCAAGGCUAGUAUGCCUGAGAGCAUUAUCAUGCCAGACUAUCUGCCCCACCAUUACUCAGGCUUCCCCAGCUUGGAGGAACUCCAAUAUAAAAGCAUACAGGCUGUGGCAGCCUAACCAGUGUUAUGCCACCAGAGUAAGAACAGGUGUAAGGCGUGGAAAAAUUGGCCAGGAGAUUAAAGAAGCAGCAUUUGAGCCAUCUGCAGAAACAGCACUUAAAGCUGAUCGCCUGGGGAAAUUUAUUGUUGCUGGAGGGGCUGCUGUUGGCCUGGGGGCCCUCUGUUACUAUGGAAUGGGCAUGUCCAGUGAGAUUGGAGCUAUUGAAAGAGCUGUUAUUUGGCCACAGUAUGUGAAGGACAGAAUUCACUCUACUUACAUGUAUUUUGCGGGAAGCGUUGGCUUGACGGCACUGUCUGCUGUAGCAGUAAGCAGAUCUCCGGCACUCAUGAGCCUUAUGACAAGAGGCUCCUGGCUGGCAAUAGGUGCAACUUUUGCAGCUAUGAUUGGUGCUGGAAUGUUGGUCAGGUCCAUAUCCUAUGAAAAUAGUCCAGCAGCUAAACAUUUGGCUUGGAUGAUGCAUUCAGGUGUUAUGGGUGCAGUGGUGGCUCCUCUGGCCUUCUUGGGUGGUCCUUUGCUGAUCAGAGCUGCCUGGUAUACUGCUGGAAUCGUUGGAGGGCUCUCAACUGUGGCCGUGUGUGCUCCAAGUGAAAAAUUUCUGAACAUGGGAGGACCACUUGGAAUAGGCUUGGGCUUUGUUCUUGCCUCUUCAAUUGGAUCGAUGUUCUUGCCUCCUACUUCUGCUUUUGGUGCUGGCUUGUAUUCGGUAGCUGUUUAUGGUGGAUUGGUACUCUUUGGCAUGUUCCUGCUCUACGAUACACAGCAUGUUAUCAAGCGUGCAGAAACUAUUCCGUAUUAUGGAGUGACAAAAUAUGAUCCAAUCAAUGCGUGCAUGGGUAUCUACACAGAUACACUGAACAUCUUCAUUCGGGUGGCCACCAUGCUUGCAGGUGGUGGAGGUGGAAGGAGCAAGUAAACCAGGACUCCUCUUUGCAGCUGUCUGACAGCCUACCUAGUGCACACACUAAAUAAAAAUUCAUGGCUACAAUCACUUUUGCUGCAAGUCAGAAAUUUAAAGCGUUUCAGCAUAUUGUUUCAAUGCAAUGUGAUUCACACUUAAUAGUUUUUCUUCAAACAUUUUCCAGCUCUGUGUUUAAAAUAGUUUGAACGGCUUCUAAUUGUACAUUAUUUUGAGAAAGUAUAUUAUUUUUAAUAUAUGAA